AUGAGUCGCACAUUGCUCGAAGACAGAGACGCAACUGUGUCGCACACUUCAAAAAGACAGAGACGCAACUGGAGUCACAGGAUGGCCGAAGACAGAGACGCAGUUUAUAGUCGCACACUGUUUCAAUCCGCCAUAUUUAAUUUGCGAAAUGCGCGCAUUUUUACACCCACGUACGUAAUUAAUUAUCAUUAUCUAUCUAUCUAUCUAUCUAUCUAUCUAUCUAUCUAUCUCAAGCCAUAUCUCUGUUGCUUCAAGUCAAUUCUGUCAGAAGAUACGAUGAUACAAGGGCGCACCUCCCAAAACCUUGAUGAGCAAUUAUUUCAAUUGAAAUAUUUUUUCUCUAGUCUACUCUCUUAUCUAUCUAUCUAUCUAUCUAUCUAUCUAUCUAUCUAUCUAUCUAUUUUAGUGUACUCUUAUCUAUCUAUUUUAUCUAUCUAUCUAUCUAUCUAUCUAUCUAUCUAUCUAUCUAUCUUAUCUUCUAAUCUAUCUAUCUAUCUAUCUAUCUAUCUAUCUAUCUAUCUAUCUAUCUAUCUUAGUCUGUUCAUAUCUGUUUUAGACUACUCUUAUCUAUCUAUCUAUCUAUCUAUCUAUCUAUCUAUCUAUCUAUCUUAUCUAUCUGUUUUAGUCUAUCUAUCAUAUCUAUCUAUUUUAUAUAUACUAUCUAUCUAUUAUCUAUUUUUUAGUCUCAUAUCUGUUUUAGAUAUAUCUUAUCUAUCUAUCUAUCUAUCUAUCUUAUUUUCUUUCUUUCUUUCUUUCUUUCUUUCUUUCUUUCUUUCUUUCUUUCUUUGGUUCCAUGGUUCUUUCUUUUUUUUUCUUUCCCAAACUGUCAUUUUUAUUCCUUGUCUUUCCUUUUUAUUAUAUGAUUUAUUUCUUCUUCCGUUUUUACCUUGUUUUCUUCUAAAUGUCGUCUCUCCAUUUUAUGUAACUCAAUCUCUUUCUAUGUCCGUUUAUUCCUAUCUAUCUAUCUAUCUAUCUAUCUAUCUAUCUAUCUAUCUAUCUAUCUAUCUGAGACAGGUAGAUUGGGUUGGAAUCAAAUUUCUCUCCCAGUAA